AGGGCUGGUUUUCAGUUACACCUGAGAAGAUCGCUGAACACAUUGCUGGCCGGGUCAGUCAGUCCUUCAAGUGUGACAUUAUAGUAGAUGCGUUUUGUGGAGUUGGAGGAAAUACCAUUCAGUUUGCCUUAACUGGAAAGACAGUGAUUGCCAUUGAUAUUGAUCCUGUUAAGAUUGAUCUUGCUCGCAAUAAUGCAGAAGUUUAUGGGGUAGCAGACAAGAUAGAGUUCAUCUGUGGAGAUUUCCUGCUGCUGGCUUCUCAUUUAAAGGCCGAUGUUGUGUUCCUCAGCCCCCCUUGGGGAGGGCCAGACUACGCUACUGCAGAGACCUUUGACAUUAGGACAAUGAUGUCUCCUGAUGGAUAUCCUUUGGACGUCUUAACAGUUUAUACAAACAGUGGUUGUGGAGAAGGGUGUGUGUGUGUGUGAAAAGGAGAAACUAGUGAAGAGGAGAGGAGCUAAUAGCACUUGAUAGAUUCUAGUUUUACAUAAAAAGCUGGUGAUGGAUUUCCAAAAGUUACAGCAGA